AUGAAGUCCUCGGCGGCAAUCAGAAGCCUGCGCCUCAGGCAGGCCAGGUUUGCGCCCCGGACUCAGACAAGCCGUCCUUUCUCAUCGUCACCUCUCCGCAGUGCAGACUCGUCGUCCUCCGAGCUCGACGGGCUCAACAAGGUCUCGCGACAUGUCACGCAGCCGAAAUCCCAAGGCGCUUCCCAAGCAAUGCUCUACGCCACGGGCAUGAACGAGACGGACAUGAACAAACCGCAGGUCGGCAUCUCGUCGGUGUGGUACAGCGGCAAUCCCUGCAACAUGCACCUGUUGGACCUGUCGAAUGUGGUGCGAAAGGGCGUGGCAGACGCAGGACUGCAGCCUAUGCAAUUCAACACGAUCGGCGUAUCGGAUGCGAUAUCCAUGGGCACGACGGGGAUGCGGUACAGUCUCCAGUCGAGAGAAAUCAUUGCCGACUCGAUAGAGACGGUCAUGGAGGGCCAGUGGUACGAUGCAAACAUCUCGAUCCCCGGCUGCGACAAAAACAUGCCGGGCGUGGUGAUGGCGAUGGGCAGAGUGAACAGGCCGUCCAUCAUGGUCUACGGAGGCUCCAUAGCACCCGGGUGUGCGAGGACACAGAACAACGCCGACAUCGACGUCGUGUCGGCUUUCCAAGCCUACGGGCAGUUUAUUACCGGCGAAAUCAACGAGGAACAGCGGUUUGAUAUCAUUCGGAACGCGAUCCCUGCGUGCGGCGCCUGUGGCGGCAUGUACACGGCCAACACCAUGGCGUCGGCCAUUGAAACUCUCGGCAUGACCUUGCCGGGCAGUGCGUCCAACCCGGCCGUGUCCAAAGAGAAGGAACUCGAAUGUCUGGCCGCCGGGGGAGCCAUCAAGAAUGCCCUCAAGCUGGACCUUCGGCCGCGAGACAUCAUGACCCGCCAAGCAUUCGAAGAUGCCAUGACCGUGGUGAUGAUCACGGGCGGCUCGACAAACGCGGUCCUCCAUCUGAUCGCCAUGGCCGAUGCCGUGGGCAUCAAGCUCACCAUCGACGACUUCCAGGCCGUCAGUGAUCGGACGCCCUUCCUCUCGGACCUGAAGCCGAGUGGCAAAUACGUGUUCAACGACCUCCACCGCAUCGGCGGCAUCCCCACGUUGCUGAAGUUCCUCAUCAAAGAAGGCGUCGUCAAAGGCACGCACACCACCGUCACAGGCCAGACGCUGGCCAAGAACGUCGAAUCCGCACCAGACUUCCCUUCGGACCAGACAAUCAUCAAACCGUUCUCCCAGCCCAUCAAGGAGACGGGCCACAUCCAGAUCCUGCGCGGGAGUCUCGCGCCAGGCGGGUCCGUCGGCAAGAUCACGGGCAAAGAAGGCCUGCGCUUCCAAGGCAAAGCCAAAGUCUACGACGCAGAGGACUUGUUCAUCCAAGCUCUGGAGCGCGGCGACAUCAAAAAGGGCGAGAAGACGGUCGUCGUCAUCCGGUAUGAAGGCCCCAAAGGCGGUCCCGGCAUGCCUGAGAUGCUGAAGCCCAGCUCGGCGAUCAUGGGCGCCGGACUCGGCAAGGACGUGGCGCUCAUCACCGACGGCCGGUUCAGCGGCGGCUCGCACGGCUUCUUGAUCGGACACAUCGUCCCCGAAGCCAUGGAGGGCGGGCCGAUCGGUCUGGUGCGCGACGGGGACGAAAUCACCAUCGACGCCGAGAACCGCGUCCUGGACUUGAACGUCGACGAGGCGACGCUGGCCAAGCGGAAGGAAGAGUGGAACGCCAACAAACCGUCGCCGAAAUAUACGCGGGGCGUGCUGGCCAAGUAUGCCAAACUGGUCAGCGACGCCAGUCACGGCUGUAUCACGGACAAGGAGGAUGUGUUGGAUCUGCACGCGUAG